UUGUUUUCUGUUAUUUGAGUCUUUUUUCUUCGGCAACGCACUUCAUUCUAGUGCACAUGAAAUCGAUGAUGUUAGUCAUGAAGACUGUAAAAAUUUGGGCAAAUGUUACGUCCAAAUUUUUUCACGGAAAUUCUAACUUCGCUAGUAGCGGAUAAACUACCCCAAGUUGGUUGUGAAGAACGCAAGAUAGUCUUCACACUCCUCCCAGGAGCUGUAGUCUAAACUUGGCUUGAGCGUUAAUCCAGGUUGGCCUCUAUUGGCUUUACCUGGCCAUCCAGAUUGGCUUGACGCUCAAGCCAAGUCCAAACUACGGCCCCAGACCGGGAACAAGACAGAGGCCCCUCCCACUGAAUUUUAGAAGGUACCAAGACAACCAACAAACUGUUUUACCAGUUGCUUUUCAUCCUUUUCAGACAAAUCUCUCGAAGUAUUUCCACGUCUAUUUGCCCAAUCGUUUUACAAAGAGCGGAAAAUAAAGUGAGUGUGUCACGCUUGCGACGUCUUCGACAAAGAAAUGCCGCAGAGCAUUAGUACGAAUAGCGAUUUCUCUCGCCGGGAACUAUACUUUGAUCCUAGGGCGGAUGAACCAAAAGCAGAUGACUAUUGGAUAACGUAUGACCAACUUCGCAAAAUAAUGUUGCAUUUAAGUGAAACUGAAGAGGAGAUUCAAAAUGCCUCCGUUUACAGCAAUCCGCUCCCUUCGAAACAAUUGACAAACGGCAAGCUUUAUCACGUGUUCAUUGUAGUAGAAAUUUUGAAUUGGUGGUGGUCCAUUGAGAAAAACACCCAACACAUCACGAUUCAACGCUCCCAGAAGCUAGAGAGCGUUCGUGACAUGUACCAAAGGAAGAAACGGACGACUGGGCUAACUCCGUGGACGGGGAUUCGGAAGAUCAAAACGACACAAGGCGACAAUAUAACAAUCAAACAACUCAUCAAUUACAUGUGGAGGAGAGACUGUUUAAGCGGCGAUCACUACGUCCUUGCUGCCAAUAGCCAAAAAUUUGCCGAUUUGCUUUUUAAACGAAUCGAAUCGUUUAACGAACAGGUUUAUUUUGACGAAGCUGCCGAUCAACCCCGAUCGUCAUCCAUCAGUUGUUACAAGAAUGUGGAUCGAGUACUCAGUGAAGUGCAACGUAAAUGCGAUCCAGAAACUUUGACAAAAUUAGAGUUGUAUAAAUCAGAAGAAUUUCGCGUUCCAUGGUUUGUCAUGGAUCCAUUAUUUUUGCUAGGUUUCAGCAUAGUCGUAAUCGGUUAUAUUUUAGUAAAACAUGCGCCAAAUAACUCGCCUUUAAUCUUGAUCUUCUUUCUUUCUUCUUUCUUAUUUCUCAACUUUCAUUACAAGAAAAUUUUUCUUGCUGUUGCAGCUAUAAGUGUGGGAAUAAUUUGCUUCAGGACAGGUUUUAGUGAGCUUUCGAUUUUCCCAGGGAACAUUAUUUUUUUCGGUGUCUUGAUGGCUCUCUUCUUUCUUCUGACCAUUACGAAUUCAAAAAAGAAUGGCCAUUCUUUUUAUCCAACUUGUUAUUUGGUGAUUUGUGAGACCAACAAGAAAACUUACUGGUCGUUCGAACAAGUUCGGUCAUUUUCAAAACAAUUGAACAAUGAAUAUGUCAUCGUCAUCCAGCGAGCCAGGAAUAAAGACGUCCUUUUGAAUAAACACCAACGAAGUCCACGAGAUAUUAAAUUCACGAAAGAACAUUUGGUCGACACAGCGGUUGCCGUACGGCAGAAUGUCAUUGCAAUAUUGGAAUUCAUCUUGAAGAAAGAAUACGUGGAUUUCGAAGAUUAUCCACAAGAUUUAACAUUAGCACCUUCAACCAACUUGGCUCAAAUACUGUGCAAUAAUUUUAAAGCAAGUUCAAUCUCCCUUGUUUAAGCCAAAUUAAUUUACUGCGACAAAUCAAAUACUUAAACAAAUAAAAGACUCAAACAAACCGUGUAUACGUUUAUUUGCUGUUAUAUAUAAAUGGUGUUUGUAUUUGA